GCGACGCUCGCAUUGCGCCGAACGCUCUUGCAUACUACACACGCACUAGACACCCACGAUGCAGUCAAUACCAGAUGCGCGCCAGCAGUCGUUCGAGGAGCUGUACGGGCCGCCCGAGAACUUCCUCGAGAUCGAGGUCCGCAAUCCCAUGACACACGGCGUCGGCCGUGGCAUGUACACGACCUACGAGAUCGUCAUGCGCACCAACAUCCCCGCCUUCAAGCUCAAGUCGUCCUCGGUGCGCCGGCGCUAUAACGAGUUCGAAGCCUUCAGAGAUAUCCUCGAGCGCGAGAGUGCGCGCGUCACCAUACCGCCGCUGCCAGGCAAGGUCCUGACGAACCGCUUCUCAGACGACGUCAUCGAGCACCGGAGAGAGGGGCUGCAGCGCUUCCUGCAGAUUGUGGUUGGACACCCACUGCUGCAGACAGGGAGCAAAGUGCUGGCGGCGUUCGUGCAGGAUCCAAACUGGGACCGACAUGCAUGGUGAUGGAGCUGAGGAAGGAAGCAGAGGCGAUGAAGCUACAGCUCUGCUGCGAUAAAGUGCUGGCAGCAGCUGAGAUGAGGUACAGGAGGGUCUCUCAAUACGUUCAGGCAUUUACAUGCGUUAUGGAGCGAUAUGGGCGUUAUGUGGAUAUUGACAAAAUGGAAACGCUUUCACGUACGACUCCUCUUUUGUGAAUGUCGCACACGGUGCCAAGUCUUGCUAGAUAAUACACUUAGAACACCUGCGAAAGAACCACACAUCAGGCCACACAAGUGCUGCUCAAUCAUGGAAAAUACAAC